AUGGUGGAAUUCCUCAGCCAACCAUCUCGGCACCUGCAGCCAGCCAGCCAAUCGCUCGGGGCCCCACCAGCCGGCGGGAGCGCGCGCCUCUUACCUCCUGCAAGUUGCCCUCCCGAGCGCCGGCUGGCUGGCUGGGCAGCAGGAGCCCCGCUUGCUUCCUCCCUUCCCGGCUUCUCCUCACGUCCGGCUCCGGCGCUGGGCACGGGGGAGGCGGGAGGCGAGCGGAGGGCCGCCCCGGCAGAGCCUCCUCAUGGCUCGCAGAGCCCCGACAGCCGCCGGCCCCGCCGAGGCGGGGAAGGGCAGGCCGGCAGCAGCCGGGGCUGGGCAUGGGAGGGGGCGCGAUCCCCUCCAGCCCGCCCCGGACUGGCAGCGCAGCCACUGCGGACGCCUCGGAGAGUCCGGACGCUGCUGCUGCCGCCGCGGGUUGGAGCUGGUGGCGGCUGCUGCUGCUGCUGCUGCUUGUGGUCGCCUUUGUGUGCGGCGGGCGGGGGGCGCUCUCCAGCAGCUGGAGGAAGAAGACGUCAGCGCCUCCGGACCCUCCUUAGCCGGCGGCGGGAGAGAGAGAGAGGAGGGCCGCCGCCGGGCAGGCUCAGCUCAGCCCCAUCCCGCCGCCUGCCUCGCCCCUUCGCUCCCCAGAGCUCCCCGCGCGCAAGGACUGCGAAGACAUCAGUGGCCGCGUCCCACCGCCGACUGGGGAGCGGGCUGGCAGACCCAGCCCAGCCCCGGGGCCCCGGCCGCAGAAGGUCCCCGCUUCAAGCCCUGGAGACUCCCGGCAACAAGGCCAACCACUUGGAAACUCCAGAAUCCUGCGAGAUGUCCAGAUGAAAAUUUUGGAAGCUUCCCUGUCCUGAAUGGAUGCAGAUGAGCUGCAGAAAAAGUUUGCCUUGUUCUUUACCUAAUCAUUUAUAACUGUAACCAGUGAAUCUAAUACUGUUUCAUUGCCUGGCUUGCUCCUUCAUAAUGUAUGUGCUGCAUUAAAUAAAAAUAUUCCAGGACGAUAGCGAUGCGACAUUAACACAGGACAGAUUAUUAGGAGGCAGGGAAGGUCACAAAGAAGAACUGUUAAAAGCACAUGAUUUGAUUUCCGUUCUAUUAAAACCAUUGCUCAACUCUCCAGGAAACCAAAGAGAUGACAGAAAGAGUCAUGGCAGUCUGAACAAACUCUUGAAGACUGUUCAUCAGCUUCAGCUGCGGCAUUCCAACUCUGGAUGGGGACAGAUGUUUGGGAGUGCUCUGCACCCGUGCUUCAGAGUCCGAACAUAAGAUGAUCCUUGGUGGAUCAGACCAAGGUCCAACUAAUGUAUGUAACUGCCCAUUGUCAUAGACACUAGGGUGUAUGAGCUGGCUCGGAAUCGAGCCGGCUCGAGGUUGAGCCAUCUCGGCUUGAAGGCUCGCCCUUGAACUGAACCGGAGGGGAAUAGAUCCGAGAGCGAGUCGAGCCAAGCCUGGCUCAAAAACCCUCCUCAGGAGCUGGCUCAAGGCCUUGAUGGUUACACUUAUAAGGUUCCACCCCUAAUAGACACUCUCUGUCUUCAGUUGUCAUCAGUUUGUCUGGUGGUAACUUGAGAUUGGGUCUUCUCAGUAGCUGUCCCUACAUUGUGGAACGUGCUCCGCAUGGAUGUAAGAGGGUUAUCAUCC